AUGUCCGGUUUUGACGAGGCCGGCGAGAGGCUGGCGAAGAUGUGCCGUGAGUUGGAGGCGAGUGGGCAUAUGAAGGGCACGUCGGGGUGUGCCUCCAUGAAGGUUGGUCAUGAUGGUGAUGGUGUGCUGGUCACUCCCAGUGGCUAUUUGAAAGGGGAGCUCAAGGGCCUCGAGGAUCUGUUCCUGGUAUCACUCUCUACAGGCGAGAUUGGGUAUCCACGGUCGGAUAAGGAGGUAACUCCUCGGAAGCUGACGGACUCGUGGGAGGUGAUGAAUAUGAUUUACGAGAAAGUUGGUAUGAAUGAAUGCACGUGUGUGUUGCACUCCCAUCACGAAGCCUUGGUCCUGGCGGCCAACAUUGAGGACAGACGUGUGGUGGAUGAGUCAACAGUGUUGAAGUGGCGUGCUCCGGCGAAUCAGGAGAUGCUGAAGGGAAUACGGGGAUACAGCAAUACAGGAGAGCCUCUCUUGGUGCCUAUAAUACGUAAUACCCCUCAUGAGAAGGACCUCUGUCCGGAGCUAGGCAGGGUCCUGGACGCGCUUGGAGGCUCUCCCCCGGCAGUGUUGGUGUUGAACCAUGGAGUGUACAUAUGGGGGAAGUCCUGGGUAGAGGCUCGAAGGCAUCUCGAGUGUCUCACUUGGCUCGGGACUACUACUCCCAUCACGUUCGUGAAAGACACUCUAUUCCCACUGGCUAGAGAUAGGAUGCUCGAGUGGUUGACAAGCCACUGGGAUCACCAGGAGGGAGUUCAGGUCAGGAAGCUGCUGCCGGCCGAGCUGCGGGACGGGUCUGUGGAGGAGGUGGCUGAUAUGGUGAAGGAGUGGAUAGCAGCUGAUAGGAAGGAGCCGGCCUUGAAGACAGCUCAGGGGCUCAUCUGGAGGGAGUCCUACGAAACAGGGGGGCUUCGAGCUCCUAUGUUUACUGAUGUUGGCCCGUGUUGGGAGAGGUGGAAGGCGCGAGGGGCGAGGAUAGCGAUUUUUAGUAGUGGGAGUAGGGAGGCACAAAAGCUUAUCUAUAAGUAUUGUGGAGAUGAGAAGACGAAGGUUUUGGAUUUAACGCGGUUUAUCUCGUGUUAUUUUGAUCCUACUUCUGUGGGAGGGCAUUCUAAGCAAACCUCCGAGGCCUACGAGCAGAUCGCCUUGUCGCUUGGGGCUGAUCCGAAGGAUAUAGUCUUUUUUACGGAUAUCCCAGGCGAGGCUAGGGCAGCUAGAGCAGUUGGGUGUGGGACGGUGGUGGUUGUUCGAGAGGGCAAUGCGGCAGUAGACCGGGAGGAGCUGUUGGAGGAAGGUCACCAAGUGGUGGAGAACUUCUGCGAUGUUGAUAUCUGA